CCUCAGGUGGUACCGGAGGUGUGUGCUGUUGAUUCGACUUGCUGCGUCUUGCACCCGCUGCUCUGGGCAGCUUGAGUUUGUGUGUGGUGAACCCUCUUGAGACCACGGCCCCAAAGCAGGUUCUUCAUCAUCUGUGAGACCCCUUGGAGACCUACAGGGGUAAGGGGAGUUGAGUCUGGGGAUGGUUCACUUGCUGCAGAGCAUCAACCUCCAGAGACAGGGGCCCUGAGUCUCACAAGAGCCCUUCUGCGGCCGUUUCCUCAAAAUCAACCUGCCUGGGUUGGCCAGACAUCUGCCAUGCACGGGAAGCUGGAAUCUGACCCUGGUGGCGUAGGGCCCGGUCUCCAUGGCAGCAGAGGAUUUAUUACUGUGGCCUCCACCCAGCUUGGCGGACUUUCAACUCAAAGCCAGAGGAAAAGGAAAUGAGAAGCUGGUUCUGAGAACAGCGGGAGCCCCACGAUGGCCAAGUUUCUUUCCCAGGACCAAAUUAAUGAAUACAAGGAAUGCUUCUCCCUGUACGACAAGCAGCAGAGGGGCAAGAUAAAAGCCACUGAUCUCCUGGUGGCCAUGAGGUGCCUGGGAGCCAGCCCGACGCCUGGGGAGGUGCAGCGGCACCUGCAGACCCACGGGAUAGACAGAAAUGGAGAGCUGGAUUUCUCCACUUUCCUGACUAUUAUGCACACGCAAAUAAAACAAGAGGAUCCAAAGAAAGAAAUUCUUCUGGCCAUGUUGAUGGCAGACAAGGAGAAAAAAGGGUACAUCAUGGCAUCCGAGCUGCGAGCGAAACUCACGAGACUCGGAGAGAAGCUCACCCAGAAGGAAGUGGAGGAUCUUUUCAAGGAAGCAAAUAUUGAACCAAAUGGCAAAGUGAAGUAUGACGAGUUUAUCCAGAAGAUCACCCUUCCUGUGCAGGACUACUGAAUGAGCAGAGUACAAGAGAGGAUCCCUGGGUCUGAAAACCUGGACUGGUUGAUUUUUUAAAAGGAAAAUGUUCCUUUAAUUCUAGGGUGAUGGCAAACACCGUGCAAAGACAACAUUAGCAGGGCAUAAGCAGCAAUAAGUAAUUCCAGCCAUGGUAUCAGCAUGUCUUUAAUAAAAAAGAUUUGUAUUACCAGGUUCGGUGGCACACGCCUGUAAUCCCAGUGGCUCAGGAGGCUGAGGCAGGAGGAUCGAAAGUUCAAAGCCAGCCUCAGCAAAAGCGGGGAGCUAAGCAACUCAGUGAGACCCUGUGUCUAAAUAAAAUGUGAAAUAGGGCUGGAAUGGGGCUCAGUGGUCCUGAGUUCAAUCCCUAGUGCCUCCUUUCCCACGAA